AGCCUCGCCGUCAACAAAGCUCACGCAGAACCGCACCACCGGUCCAACAUCCGGCUCCGUCGAUCCCAAUCACACCAUGAUCACGGACGGGGAGCUCUACCGCCUUGCCAUCUUUCUCGGCUCGGCGGCAGCGGUGCUGAUUAUUCUGCACACCUUUUUCGAAGUCAACUCAACGACGGACGACCGUGAAACCGACAAAGAGAAAGCACCAUUGACAACAGGGCCGCAAUCCGCGCCGGCGACCACCAAGACAAGAUAGCUGGCAUGAUGUCAAGAAGGGGUGUACGAUGCAAUACUUGAGGACGUUCUUUCACUACGGCAGGGAGUUUUCUAAGGACUCCCGGCAGCUGCUUGCGAAAGAGACCUACGGCUGCGGCGAGGCAGUUCCAAGCCGUAAGAAAGAUCGCAGGGGCGCAACGGCACACCAGGCCGAGGUGGAGGGCUCCUGUGCAGCGGGCCGGUUGUUUAUUAGGCACAUUUGUUGGUCCUGUGUGGCAGAUUUCGGCAGCCGGUGCAAUGGGGAGAAUUGGAAGGGCUCGAAGGGAUAGCAGGAAGGUAAAGUAAUGAGACGUUGGUAGUCAACCCAUUCGAUUAUAUCCAUGCCCCGUCCUUCCACACCAAGAUCUCAAUUUUUACAUGGGGAUCGGCAACUGUGAUGCAUGCGGCUUGACAUUUGGUUGCCUAUAUGGAAACACAAAGCUGUCCACCGUGAAUUUCA